AUGGCGGCCACGUCGGCGAGUCCGGCGAAGAGGGAACGCUCGUUGCCGUUUGACCCGGAGGACCCGAAUUACAUCAAAGAUCUGCAGCGGCCGGCCGUUAUUAAGGCGGAUCUGACGGGGAUGGAACGGCGAAAGCGCGUCCAGGAGGUGCUGGAGCACAAGGAUUUUUGCAACCAGCUGGAGGAGGUGAUUCGUCAAGACAUGGACAGCUCUAGGCAUGGCUUUGAGGAGGAGAAUCGAUCAAUAUCUCUGCAAAAACUCUCCGAAUUGGCAUUGCCGAGGAGUCCGAUGAGGAGCCCGAUGCAUGGAUUGGGGGCAUCGACACUACCCAUCGCCGAUCUAAAAGGUGUCGAAACCUACUCGAAACAAGAGAAAGCCCUUCGAAACAAACUCGCAUCCCUCUACCGCCUUGUCGAUUUGUUCCAAUGGAGUCAGGGUAUCUACAAUCAUAUUACGGUUCGGCAUCCCGAGAACCCGAGCGAGAUCCUGAUCAACCCAUUUGGACUUUUGUACCACGAGAUCACCGCUUCGUCCCUGAUUAAAGUCGACCUGGAUGGGCAGAUUUUGGACCCGGGCACGACAAAGCUGGGCAUAAAUGAGGCUGCUUUCGCCCUGCACUCCGCUCUCCAUUCAGCCCGUGAAGAUGUAAAUUGUGUGAUCCACAUGCAUAACGCUGUCGUAUCUGCUGUAUCAUCCAUGAAAUGUGGAUUACUGCCCCUCUGUCACGAAGCGAUGGUCAUAGGGCCGGUGGCUUAUCAUGACUAUCAAGGAAAUCUAGAUGAUGAAAAAGAAAAAGCCAGUAUAUUGGAGAGUCUUGGUGAUAAGAAUGUGAUGAUCGUCCGAAAUCAAGGAUUCGUAGCCUGCGGUUCUUCCGUCGAAGAAACCCUCCACUUUGCCUACAACACGAUUCUAGCGUGUGAGACGCAGAUUCGGGCAGCUCGAGCCGGGAUUGAAAAUUUGCACAUCCCUGAUGAAGCGACGAAGGUGGAAUUUUUGGAAUCGGGCAGCGAUCGUCCGAAAGUGAUUACAAAGUGGGUCCAAGACAUCUCUGCCACUUCCAGUAAUGGGAUUCCAGUAAAAAUCACUGGAACUCAACAAUUUUCACCCUUGAGCAUGAACCCGAAGGAGUUUAAGGAAAAGCAAAGAGCUAUCAAGGAAGAUAGGAUCCGUGGAAAAACGUCAGCAGGACCACAGUCACAAGUUCUUGAUGGGACCACCUACCAAGAAGCUAGAGAUAUGAGAAGAGCAAAUAGCUACGGCGACUCGCUAGCCGGGCCGGCCGAUCGCUUCGUAAUGAUAGGAACAGCUUCUAAAGGAAUUAUCGAUCGACAGCAUCAACAUAAUGCACAGGUCUACCGCCAACUCUACGCUCCAAAUCCAUUUUCAUCAGAAACUGAUGAGAAUAUAAAGAAGUAUUUUAGGGAGGUUGAAGCCAAGUCCCCACGUAGCCAUUCUGCUAGAGCUCCCUCCUCGUCCCGGGAUGCGGGUUACAGUACGUUCCGCUCCGAUCUGACGAAUGGUACAUCGAUCGAUGCUGACUUGCCGGAUGAACCGGACAGUCCGGGAGCAGAAUUGACAGAUACCCCAAGAAAAGCACUGGACGUCAGCGGUCACUCAAAUACGAGAUCCAAUCAGGCGCUGUCAGAGGAUGAGGCACCCCAAAUCACCCAAUCCGAGACGAAAAAGAAGAAGAAGCGUGGUUUCUUCUCGUUUAUGCGGAUGAGCAAACGUGACAAACAUCGUGAGGCGGCA